AUGCCUUCUACCACUCUUGAGGCCGGCGAGACGAAGAAGCCUCUUCCGGUAACUGUUAAUAAACCAACACCAUAUACCUUCGAUCUUGGCCUUCUUCUUGCGACCGACCCAAACCCACUCGUUCUCACAAGCAAAGCAAACCUCGAAGAUGACCUCGCAGCUACAGCAAGAGACGGUGCGCAAGCCUUGUUAAAUCAAUUGCUAUCAACAUGUCCAGUAGCAAGCACACCCAACGGCGUCCUCCUCUCAUUACCAGCAAUAGAGACAUCAUUACCCCGCGAAAAGCCACUUCCUCCACCAAAAGCUCAAACCACAUGGCAGAAAUUUGCCGCAAAGAAAGGCAUCAAGCCUAAGACUGCGGAAGAAAAGAAAAAGAUGGUUUACGAUGAGGCGACUGGGGAAUGGGUCCCCAAAUGGGGAUACAAAGGAAAGAAUAAGGCUGGAGAGAAUGAUUGGAUCGUUGAGGUUGAUCCGAAGGCGGAGAGGGAACGAAAGGAGGGUACGGAGAGACAGGGAGAUGGAAGGAGGGAGAGGAAAGAGAAGGUUAGGAGGAAUGAGAGGAUGCAGAGGGCUAAUGAGAGGAAGGGGAGGAAGAAUGGUAGUGGAAAAUGA